GUCCUGCCGCCGUCCAUCCCUGAGGAUGGAGAAGCUCCGGACCAGGUGAACGGGUUCCACCGGGGGGACGGAGGAGACGCUGAGGUCCCCGUGUCCAAGUCCCAGAGACGCAAGAGUGAUGUCAAAGUCUAUAAGGAGUUUUGUGAUUUUUACGCUCGCUUUAACAUGGCCAACGCUCUGGCCAACGCCAUGUGUGAGCGCUGUAAGAGCGGCUUCGCUCCGGCCGAGAAGAUCGUCAACAGCAACGGGGAACUUUACCACGAGCAGUGCUUCGUGUGCGCCCAGUGCUUCCAGCAGUUCCCAGAGGGACUCUUCUACGAGUUUGAAGGCAGGAAGUAUUGUGAACACGACUUCCAGAUGCUGUUUGCUCCCUGCUGCCACCAGUGUGGUGAGUUCAUCAUCGGCCGUGUGAUCAAAGCGAUGAACAACAGCUGGCAUCCAGACUGUUUCUGCUGUGAUCUGUGUCAGGCCGUCCUCGCCGACGUCGGCUUCGUUAAGAACGCUGGAAGGCACCUGUGUCGUCCGUGUCACAACAGAGAGAAAGCUCGCGGCCUCGGGAAGUACGUCUGUCAGAAGUGUCACGCCAUCAUCGAGGAGCAGCCGCUGCUGUUCAAGAACGACCCGUACCACCCCGACCACUUCAACUGCAGCAACUGCGGGAAGGAGCUAACAGCUGAUGCCAGGGAGCUGAAGGGGGAGCUCUACUGUCUGCCCUGCCAUGAUAAGAUGGGGGUCCCAAUCUGUGGCGCCUGCAGGAGGCCCAUCGAGGGCCGCGUGGUCAACGCCAUGGGCAAGCAGUGGCACGUCGAGCAUUUCGUGUGUGCUAAGUGUGAGAAACCGUUCCUGGGACACCGUCACUACGAGCGUAAAGGCCUGGCCUACUGUGAGACCCACUACAACCAGCUCUUUGGAGACGUUUGCUACCACUGCAACCGUGUCAUUGAAGGAGAUGUGGUCUCGGCUCUGAACAAGGCGUGGUGUGUCAACUGCUUCGCCUGCUCCACCUGCAACACCAAACUCACCCUGAAGAACAAGUUUGUGGAGUUCGACAUGAAGCCGGUUUGUAAGAAAUGCUACGAGAAGUUUCCUCUGGAGCUGAAGAAGAGACUGAAGAAGCUGUCUGAGACCGUCGCACGCAAGUAAACAGGAGCAGGAGGAGCAGCAGGGGAGGAGCAGCAGGGGAGGAGCAGCAGAGGAGGAGCAGCAGAGGAGGAGCAGAGGAGACCCUGAGGAGGAGCAGCAGAGGAGGAGCAGAGGAGACCCUGAGGAGGAGGAGCAGAGGAGGAGCAUAGGAGCAGCAAAGGAGGAGCAGAGGAGGAGGAGGAGGAGCAGAGGAGGAGCAGAGGAGGAGCAGAGGAGGAGGAGGAGGAGCAGAGGAGGCCCUGGGGGGCCACACUAGGGCUGUACCUGCACAACAUUUGAAUCCUGAAUCCAAAUUGAAAUGCUGCAGUUUAAUUUAUUCUGUAGAUAUUUAUGCAGAUACAUAUUGGGCUACAUUAAUAUUAAUCAUAUUUUACUAUUUGUUGCUGCGUAGAAUACUUGAAGACUUGUGUGAUCCAAACAUUUCAAGUCCAAAAAUCUAAAUAUAUAUUUUAAAAAAGAAAGAUUCACAAUAUGUUUCUGCUCAUUAAUAGUAGAUAUUUGUUGAGGUUUAAUGUGUUUAACUAAUCUAAUGUCAUGAAUUCAUAAAAUAUCAGACAUUUGUAGUUUCAUUCAGAAGCUUUAAUAUACGCUUUGAAUGUAAAAACAAACAAACAAACAAACAAAGACGUUUGGUCCAGUCCUAAAAUAAAUGAGUUUAGCAGGUUGAAUGAUUGAUGAUCAGUCAGCAGCUUCAACAUUAACUUUAGUGCCUUUUGCCUCAAAUACUGUAUAUUUCACACGCUUGCCUUAUUUACAACAUGUAUUAAAACAACAAUUAACAUGACGGUUCUGUAUCUGAAAACAACAUAUAAGAGAACAUAGAAACAUGAUAAACCUGCGUGUUUAACUCAGCUAUGUGUCUUCUGUCAGAUAUAUAUAUAUAUAUAUAUAUAUAUAUAUAUAUAUAUAUAUAUAUAUAUAUAUAUAUAUAUAUAUAUAUAUAUAUAUAUAAUGGAGUAAACCAAAGACAAAAUACAGUUUUACUGAAUGUGUUUUCCACUAACAUGUAUUAUUUUAUGUAUUAUUUUAAUGUGUAUUUUCUUUAAUAUUAGGCAAAGUAAGUUUGUGUUUAGCUCUAUAAAGUUAGAAUUUGUUUUAGCGUCUACAGUUUAUCCACAUCAACAGAGCAGCAGGUUGUUUUGUUGCAUUUUACAAUAUGAAACAAACAGCUAUUAACUCUGAGUUACCAGUUCAUUAGGUUCACUUGGACAAUCUUAAAUAAUCCAAUGCAACAGCCAAAAAUGAAUCCAAAGUUGCUGUUCAGUGUUUGUGAGUUUGCUACAGAACUCUGAAUAUCAGAAACAUCGUUAAAGUCCCAAUCAGCAGCAGAAUACAGCGAGAAAACCAGAAAUACCAGACAGACGAAGCAACAUCAGCUUCACAGUCUCAGGAUUAUAAUAGAUAUAUUAUAUCUUUAAUAUAAUAUAUAUAUUAUAUCUUUAAUAUAAUAUAUAUUAUAUUAAAUAUAUUAUAUAUUAUAUAAUAUAUAUAUUAUAUCUUUAAUAUAAUAUAUAUAUUAUAUAUUAAAUAUAAUAUAUAUAUAUAUUACAUUAAAUAUAUAAUAUAAUAUAAGUGGAGUAAUGUUGGUCAGGGAUCAUAAUGUUUGUAAUGUUUGGACCGACUUCCUCAGGUUCAGAAUCUCUUAGCAAAGAAACCAACUGUUGCAAAUGAGAGAAACAAAGUUUAACUCCAGCAGUUUUUUAUCAGAACGCUGAUCUUUUACAUGAAGUCCGGCGGUUUAGCUAAAUAAAGGGACACGCCGGACAAAAGCACCACAUUUUUUCCACAUACUCUCUAUGACUAUAGGUUUAUAUUUUUGGUAGGAGCCACUUCAUCCAGAUUGCAGAUCGGAGAUGGCAGCCAUAUGAAGUCUAUGAGAACCAAUAUAUCUUCCAAGCCACUCAGAAGGUCAAUCUGGGUGUUAAAGUCUACAUUCAUUUAAAGCUGUUGAGAAUAUCACUAGAUGAUUAUUUGAUCCAAUAGAAAUGUUCAUGAUCUCCCAGACUGGAAGGUCUUCAGGUGCUGCAGCAGGAAUCCUGAGCUCAAGGGAACGCUUUGAUCUCAUAUCAGAUCUUCAUCAACAGAUUAUUUACAGUGAGUCAUCUAGUGAUAUUCCCAAUAUCUUUAAAUUAUUCUUUGACACGGAAAAUGUAGAUUUUGACACUCAGAUUGACCUUCUGAGUGGCUUGGAAGAUACAUUGGUUCUCAUAGAUUUUAUAUGGCUGCCAUCUCUGAUCCACAAUCUUGAUGAAGUGGCUCUUACCAACAAUGUAAACCUAUGGUGAUGGAGAGUUUGUGGAAAAUGUUGGUGCUCUUAUCCGGCGUGUCCCUUUCUGGUCCUGAGCUGCCUGACUGACUGUUUGAUAGAAAAACAUUCCACUAUUUCAUGGAAAUGGACGCUUGUGUCACUGGGAAUUUCACUUCCUGCGCCACAGAAUCUGUCACAGUUGUAAUAAAGUAAAGUACAACAAUGUUUUAUUUGAUAUCUUAGUAGCUGAGAUGACUAAACAGACAGACACUGCUCCUAUUUAUCUUCAAAUGCUUUGAAUAUUUAUUCAUGUAAACACACCCGAGUGCAUGUUCCGGCUGUUUCUCAUUAUAUCUGAGGUAUUUCUGUAAACUCUUCUGAAUAAACGUUGUAUGGCAAUGCUA